AGCGGUCAUAACUAUCAGUGAAUGGUGACUCACUUCACGUGUACAUGUCUCCAGAAGAAAGUGAUAUCCACAAACACAUGAAGAGCUGGAACAAAUAGUCCCGUCAUUAUGUUGAUGGGUUUCAAUCAAUCAACUCUUUAUUACAAACUCAAGGUCCAGAUAGUACAAAAACAGUAAAUAUAUGUAAAAAAAUCAAAAUCAAACACAAACAGGGUCACAAGCUGAGUACAUAGACCUUCAAAGGCCUUAUGAACAAACAACUGUACCAAUGUCUCCACAGCUGGGACUGGUAGCGUGAAGUGCUAAACUUUAUAUAUGACAAAGCCAGGAUAAUUGCAUUUCCAGAGACCCAGCAGAUAAAUUUAUACAUAAGAUUUCUUAAUACAGCUUUGAAAGUGUUAACUCCUGCAGUCACAAACAUUUCACUCGCACUACACCAUCUAGGCCUCUAGCAAUAUUCGCAUGGCAUCCUUAUAAGCUACUUGGAGUCUCUGUAGGCUUUUUUAUAACUGGACCAGAAGUGUGCAGUACAGAGUGAUGUAAAAUAAGCUUUAAACAUCUUCACUCCAUCUCUACAAAUUCCAAAUGUGCGCAAAACAAUAUUAGCUUGUGCAUACAUCUUACGACAUUGCCUAUAGAUAUCAUCAUCAUCUGUUCUGUAAUAAAAUGUCCAAGAUAUUUUACCUUAUCACAGGCAACGAGGUAAUUAUCAGACUAUUUAUAAUUAGGGAACUUUAGAAUUCUGUCCUCUUUAUAUCAUGUUCCACACCAUCGACAGUACAUGAAUUAAGAAGCUGCUGGGUUUCUCUAAAGUUAUAUAUUUGACUUGAUUAAAUAGACGAGUGACAAUGAAAGAUUGUAGGUUACUCAUGCGCGUGCAACAAUGUUGUUACCAAUCACCGGGGUGACAAGGCCCCACAGUUGUUUUUACUCUAUGACAGCUGUGGGAGCUCUCGUAUUCGGCCAACUUGAAUUCCUCCUGGAUGGGGUCGCUGGCUAUGUUUAGUGGGGGCACGGUUAUAUAAUAAAGUGGCAUUGGAACUGGCUGCCUUCAGUUCUUUGUCUUCAUCGGCCACGACAGUCAGACUCAGGAACACCUCCAUCCAGGUCCUGUGCUUAGAGAAUGGAUCCCCAAAGCAUGAGGGAAGAUCUCCAACUGUUCCAGAGCACUUUGCUGCAGGAUGGACUCAAAGAGCUCCUGAAUGAGAACAAGUUAGUUGACAGUGUCCUAAAGGUUGGAGACCGAAGCAUCCCGUGUCAUCGCCUCAUCCUCGCAGCUUGUAGUCCGUAUUUCCGGGAGCUCUACUUCUCAGCGGACGGCAAGGAAAUGGAACAACUGGAGGUGGUUCUGGAGAACAUGGACCCCAACGUGAUGGAGGCGAUUGUGAAUUACAUGUACUCGGCGGAGAUCGACAUCAACGAAGACAACGUGCAGGAUAUCCUGGCCGCCGCCAGCCGCUUGCAGAUCCCCUCGGUGUUCACAGUCUGUGUGAACUAUCUCCAGAAGAGACUGUCUGUCAAAAACUGCCUCGCCAUCUACAGGCUGGGACUGGUGCUGAACAGCGCCCGGCUGGCGAUGGCAGCUCGAAAUCACAUCGCAGAUCGGUUCGAGGCCAUAGCCACAGACGAGGAUUUCUUACAGCUCUCUCCGCCCGAACUCUUUGCCAUCAUUGGAGCGGACGCGUUGAAUGUCGAAAAAGAGGAAGUGGUGUUUGAGACGCUCAUGAGGUGGAUCCGAAAAGAACCGGAGAAGCGCGUGAAGUCCUUGGAGGAGGCCUUCGAGUGCAUCCGUUUCCGUUUACUGCCAGAGCAGUACUUCAAGGAGAAGGUGGAGAAGGAUGACCUCAUCAAGGCUGACCCCGAGCUUCUUAAAAAGAUCAAAGUCAUCAAGGAUGCCUUUGCGGGAAAGCUGCCCGAGGGGAAGAAGGGAGGAGAUGAGGAGGAAGGAGAGGAGGCGGAGAAGCUGCCCGGCUAUUUGAAUGACCAGCGCAGAUAUGGCAUGUAUGCCAAAGACAUGGUUUUGAUGAUCAAUGACACUGCCAGCGUGGCUUAUGACACCCAAGAGAACGAAUGCUUUCUCGCCGCAAUGGCGGAGCAGGUCCCCCGAAACCACGUCAGCGUGGUAUCAAAAAACAACAUCCUGUAUGUGUUGGGAGGACUGUUUGUAGAUGAGGAGGACAAAGAAAACCCGCUGCAGUGUUACUUCUACCAGUUUGACAGCCUCACUGCUGAAUGGGUGGCUCUGCCGCCCAUGCCCUCCCCCAGGUGUUUGUUCGCUGUGGGGGAAUGUGAAAAGCUCCUCUUUGCAGUGGCCGGAAAAGAUUUGCAGUCCAACGAGUCUCAUGACACCGUCAUGUGCUACGACACGGAAAAAAUGAAGUGGACGCAGACAAAGAAGUUGCCCUUGAAUAUCCACGGCCACUGUGUGGUCUCUGAGAACGGGCUGGUGUACUGCAUCGGAGGAAAAACGGACGACAACAAAGCAACCAAUAAGAUGUUUGCAUACAACCACAAGAGGUCAGAGUGGAAGGAAGUGGGCUCCAUGAAAACCCCCAGGUCCAUGUUUGGGGCAGCUAUCCACAACGGGACGAUUGUUGUCGCCGGGGGAGUCAACGAGGAAGGGCUCACAGCCACAUGCGAAACAUACGACUUUGCAACCAACAAGUGGUCCCCCUUCACAGAGUUGCCCCAGGAGAGGAGCUCCGUCAACCUGGUGAGCUGCGGGGGGCAGCUGUACUCUCUGGGAGGCUUCGCCAUCGUGGAGAACGAGAACAAAGAGUGCGAACCCAGUGAAGUCCUCGACAUCUGGCAGUAUGAAGAGGACAAGAAACAGUGGACCGGCAUCAUCAGAGAGAUGCGUUACGCGGCCGGCGCCUCCUGUGUCUCCAUGCGUCUAAAUGCAGCCAGGAUGCCCAAACUGUGAGAAAUGGAACAGGGACAGGGACAGACAAGGCACCCUGACGUUCCUGCUGUAGGCCAAAUAUCAUGUACAUGCUCUUAUUUAGUGGCUUGUGAUUUACAUUUCAAGGUAGCACGUGUCCUCUUUGAUUGUCCUGUGAGUGGUUUAAUGAAAAGGUUUCAUGGUUUUUGUCACGUCACUUACCCCCAAAAAUGAUUAAUACUGUUGAAGGAUGGUAUUGUAUGUUUUCCGUGAAUCUGUAAAGUUUCAUUAUCCAUUUGGUAAUAUGUACCUGGUGUCUUUUCAGUACAUCAUCUGAUAAGGGCUCAAUGUUUCUAUUUUGUGUUUAAUUGUUUUUCUUUUUU